GUGGGGCCGUUGCCGUGGCGACGCGGGAGACGCUGGCGGCGGCAGGCGGGCAGCUCGCUUUCUGGGCGCUGCUGCGAGUUUCUUUGUAGCCGCCCCGGCGAUGGAGCCCCCGGAGCUGGGUCUCUGCUCGGCCUCCUCCUUGCUGGCUCUCUCCCAGUUGCUGUCGCCGCCGGAGGAGGAGGACGAGGACGGAGGAAGAGCGAUAGGGGUGAGCAGCGCAGGCCCAGGGAACAUUGGCCCCCCAAAGGCAGCAGCGCCCACAGCCGCCACUCAAGUGAAAUAUGGGAACAGCAAAGAGAUCUGGAACGCAGAGGACGUGCCGGAGGAUUCCGAGUACAUUGAUGAUGCCUUGGAUUCCAGGGAACAGCCUGAAUAUGAAAUAUUAUUCAAGCAGCAUGUGAGUGCCGAGGACAUGUUCCUGGGAAUGAGCAGGAAGGACGCGUCUACGGCUUGCUGUGAGGACAUGCUGAUUAAAAUCAAACUUCCAGAUACGAAGGCUUCAGACAUUACCCUUGAUAUCCGGGAAAAGGUUCUUGAUCUCCGGAGCCCAGAGAAGAAGCUUCUCUUGCACCUGCCUCACCCUGUGGAUACCAAGAGUGGGAAGGCCUCUUUCCUCUCCGAAACGGGCACUCUGGAAGUCACCUUGAGGAUGAAACGAGAGCUUGAUUUCAUGAAUUUUGCCUGAAGAGGAAAGGAAGCAGCUCCAUAGAAAUGGUUGUUGAGUGAGCAACCACAAAAGCUGGACUGAGCAGGAAGGGUGGGAACUUUCCUGCUGCAGCUCCCAUUCCUUAGAGCUCUCACCAGGACUCUGAGAUGGAAAUCUAGCUGGGGAGCUGUCCCAGCAGGAGAUGAGCCUUGUGCUUUUGGACAGAGUGGUGAUCGAGGUACAUUAUAGCCCAACCUUUGAACUUUCAGAUCCGCAGCUGGGACCAUUGUCUGCUCUUAUUUCUGACAAUUGCACACCCAUUUUGUGGAUAAUUAAACUAUCUUUUCCAUUCCUUAA